GCUCAAUCUGUGUGCCAGUUUUGUCACCAACUUUCCCUUUCCACUCCCUCGCAAUCCCUGUCUACCAGUUGGAUUGGGGACGUCCCACCUAUUCCAGGGUUCUGCAUCCCCGACGCUGACCUUCCCUGUCAUUACAACCACGCAUGCCACGAUGGAUCAAAGCUUAUGUGGAGCAUUUGCAUUUGCAUCCUGUUUAUUGCAAGUUACCCUGAUUCUAUCUGGAGUUGCGGGAUCUGUCUUUGGAGCUCUCCGGAAAAAUGCACCACCCGAGAACGGUACUAUAUAUAUCGGGAGACAAGUCGAUGUCUGUAAAAUGACAGGACAUAUGUCGGAUUGAG